AUGUCGGACUUGCCACUGCACAACCAAUUAACAACCCUGAAGCUUAUAUGCAAUCUUAGAGGUGUUCGAGGUAUCGGAAAGUCUGAUAAAAAAAAUUUCUACACAGCUGCACUUUGGCUUCACAAGCACCAUCCCAAAACCCUAGUCUGCAAUCUUGACAUUUUUGCAGAUUUUGGGUACUUCAAGGAUUUGCCUAAAAUUCUUUAUAGAAUUCUUAAAGGCCCUGAUAAGAGAGUUCAUGAAAUGAAGUCAAGAAAAAGACAUAAAAAAGAGGUGGAGAGGAAGAGGAAUUUGAGGGCUAGAGUGCCGAGAGACAAAAGGGUGGAGGCGAAUUUGGAGAAAGUGAAAGAAGAGAGAGAGAAAACAAGGGACUUGAGGAAGAAAACAGAGGUUGCCAAGGCCAAAAAGGCCUUCAAAAGGUACACUCGUGACCCAGAUUAUAGAUUCUUGCAUGAUCAGAUUUCAACCAUUUUUGCCAAUCGUCUAAAAUCUGAUAUUCAAUGUUUGAAUUCCAGUGAGUUCAAGAAUAUUAGUCUAGCCGCAAAAUGGUGCCCUUCUAUUGAUUCUUCCUUUGAUAAGAUCUGCGAAAACAUUGCUAGAAGAUUAUUUUCCCUUGAGGACUAUAUAGAAUACCAAGAUAUUGAAGAAGCACAUUAUGCUUAUAGGGUUAGAGAUAGAUUGAGGAAGGAAGUUCUAGUUCCUCUUCAUAAGGUUUUGGAGCUACUGGAGCGGUUUAAGGAGUAUCAUGAGAAUGUGAAGCUUGGUAAGGCCACAAUUGCAGCCGGAGCAUUACUUCCCCAUGAGAUUAUUGUGUCAUUGAAGGAUGGAGAUGGUGGACAAGUUGCAGAGCUUCAAUGGGCUAGAUUGGUGGAUGACCUGAAAAAGAAAGGGAUAUUGAGGAAUUGCAUUGCUGUAUGUGAUGUUUCUAGUAGCAUGAAUGGGAUUCCAAUGGAGGUUUGUGUUGCAUUGGGAUUGUUGAUUUCAGAGCUAAGUGAGGACCCAUGGAAGGGAAAGUGA